AUGAAGAAUUCGCAGAUAACAAAUUUAAUCAUCCCAAAUGAUCAACCUGGAAAUAGUUUUUUAUCUCAAAAUUCAAGCGAAAUCAAUCAAUCGCGAUCUGAGAUUCUGUCAAUUACCUGUGUCCGUUACCUCCGACGUGAAAUCCUCAUCAGCCACCUCUCCUCCGCCACCUCCGCCGCCGUCUCCGCCCUCAUUGCUCUCCACGGAGCUCUCCAGAUUCAAAUCCUUCGAUUUCUCCUCACAGCCGUCCGCCUCCGGCGGCGGGGGAACCUUCUUCCCCUCGACGACCUUCCGCAGCUCCUCCGCAACGUCGGCGAUUGGAAAGUACUUCUGCAUCUGGAGGAUCGGGAUCCAGUUCAUCCGCCGCCUGUGGAUCGCCGCGAACGCCGGCCCGUAAGCCUCCCCCGCCGCCCCGCCGUCGAGCAGCGCCAGGUGGCCGCAGAGGGCGUCGAUGAUGGCGUUCGCGGCCGCGAACUCGCCGCGGAACCACGCGAUUACCGCGUCCUUGGCGUGCGCCUCCGCCGCCGCGACAAUCGGAGGCUGGGUCUGCGGCGGCGGCGCCGCCGGAUUCAUCGGAAUACGAUCGCUCCGCGACACCACUCCCGCCGCCGGCGGCAUCCCGUGCAAAAUCUGGUUGAGGUGAAAUACAGAUACCGUCAACACGCUCCCCUGUUCCGUGCUCUAGAAAAUUUGCCGAUUGGGCUGAAAAAUCGUGCUGUGCUCGGCGUCAGAAUUAUGUAA